AGUCUGUGGCAAAGCCAAGACCACGGUGUUGAAUACAGAAACCCAGGAUAAGUCUGUCCCUCUCACCUCCUCAUUGGGGGCAGCUACCCCUCCACACACAGAACACUGGCUCCUCAGCAGCACCAAGGAGGGACCUGCAAAUUAACAAGAAGAAAUUAAAAUAGUCCCUGCUCGGCCCUUGCUCUUUGUGGGAUGGAGCAGUGCAACCAUUUCCAAAUGCAGCAGAGACAGCACUGAUGGACCAGACGAAGCACCUCCAUUUAUGGCAGAGCUGGACCUGCUGCCAGGGAACCCACUGAAGCUGGCAGCACCUCAGCAAGGGCAGGAUCAGUCCCUGACAUCUUCCCAACUACCUCCUGCCCGCCCUGCCGGAGUCCCAGCCAAACAGGCACUGCAGGGAGCCUGGUUUCCCUGGCAGCAGCAUUUCAGAGGGCCCCCGGACCCCCAGCAACAGCCACACCUCAGGGUGCUGUGGGAACUCUGCAUUCCUUGGGCAGCACGUCUGAGCACCUGGGAGGGAGAACCGGGCCGUGUGUGUUGCUUUUUUAGAAUCUAUACGCUACUCAAGGAGGCUUUAAAUGAGCAUCAUCACACCCUGAACAUCCCACCAUGAACGGGUACCUGAAUGAAUCCAAUUUCCUGAUGGUGGAGGAGGGCUUCACCACCAGAGACCUGCUGGAGAACCUCCUCGGGGAGCUGUGCCAGGGGAGCGACCAGCAAGCCUUCUUCGUGGCAGACCUCGGGGACGUCGUGAAGAAGCACCUGCAUUUCCUGAAGGCCCUGCCCCGGGUGAAACCCUAUUUCCCAGUUAAAUGCAACAGCAGUGAAGGAGUGAUUCGGCUGCUGGCAGAGCUGGGGGCAGGCUUUGCCUGUGCCAACAAGGCUGAGAUCACACGGGUUCAAGGCAUUGGAGUCCCAGCUGACAGGAUCUUCUACAGCAGCCCCUGCAAGCAGGUUGCCCACAUCAGGUAUGCGGCCAAACACGGGGUGCAGCUGAUGACCUUCGACAACGAGGUGGAGCUGAGCAAGGUGGCCAGGAGCCACCCCCGUGCCAGGAUGUUGUUGGGGAUCACUGCUGACUCCAGCCCUUCUGCCCACCCGAGCAUGACAUUUGGGACCACGCUCAAAUCCUGCCGGCACCUGCUGGAGGCAGCGAAGGAGCAGGCUGUGGAGGUGGUUGGCAUCAGCUUCCACCUUGGGGGCCGUGGGCUGGAGCCCCAGGCCUUCGCUCAGGCCGUGGCUGCAGCACAGCUGGUGUUUGACAUGGGCACAGAGCUGGGCUACCAGAUGCACCUCCUGGACAUCGGCGGGGGCUUCCCCGGCACCGAGGACACCAGAGCCCAGUUUGAAGAGAUUGCUGCCGUGGUGAACUCUGCCUUGGACUUGUACUUCCCGGAUGGCUCCGGGGUGGAGAUUGUUGCCAGACCGGGGCGAUACUACGUCACCUCUGCCUUCACCUUUGCUGUCAGCAUCACUGCCCUGGAAGAGAUCCCCAUGGAGCAGCCUGGCUCUGACGAGGAGGAGUCCAGCAGCAGGAAGAGCCUCGUGUAUCACCUCAACGACGGCAUCUACGGCGCCUUCAGCUGCCUCCUGUUCGACAGCCCCUGCCCCAGGCCUCGGCUGCACAAGAGACCCUGCCCAGAGCACCCCUCCCACAGCAGCAGCCUCAGGGGCCCCCCUGGCCACGCCGAGGAUCGCAUCGCCGACGGGCUGGAGCUGCCCGAGCUGCACGUCGGGGACUGGCUGCUUUUUGGGAACAUGGGGGCCUACACCAUCCCAGCCUCAUCCCAGCUCGGGGGGUGUCCCCAGCCACACGUCACCUACGCCAUGUCCCGCAUGGCCUGGAAAGCCAUCCAGCUCUUCCAGGGAAAGCCCCUCCAGGCAGAAGAAGACCGUGAGAGCCUCUGCACGCCCCUGUCCUGCGGCUGGGAGAUGGCAGAGACCCUCUGUGUCCCCCCAGUCUUCGCUCCCACCGGCAUCAUCUGAGCAGGGACGGCACAGGGAGGGGAGGACCCAUGGUGGGGAAGGGCCCUGGGGUGGUACCGGGGUGGGGAAGGGUCCUGCAGCAGUACCAGGGUGGUGGGGAAGGUCCCAUGGCAGUACCAGGGGGAUAAAGGUCCCACAGCGGUACCUGGGGUGGGAAAGAUCCCACAGUGGGAAAGGUCCCACGGUGGGAAAGGUCCCAUUGUGGUACCAGGGUGGAUGAAGAUCCUGUGGCAGUACCCAGGGGUGGAAAAAUCCCCCAGUGGAAAAGGUGCCACAGUGGUACCAGUAGGGGAAAGGUCCCACAGUGGUACCGGGGGGUAAAAAGGUCCUGCAGUGGGAAAGGUCCCGUGGUGGUACCGGGGGGGGAUAAAGAUCCCAUGGCAGCACCUGACAGGGAAAAAUCCCCCAGUGGGAAAGGUCCCAAAGUGGUACCAGAGAGGGAAAUGUACUGGAUGUACUGGAGGAGGGAAAUGUCCCAUGGUGGUAUCAGGAGGGAAAAGGUCCUGCAGUAGGAAAGGUCCCAUGGUGGUACUGGUGGGGGAAAGGUCUCAUGGCUGUACUGGAGGAGGGAAAGGUCCCACAGUGGGAAAGGUCCCCUGGCAGCACCAGGGGGAAGGAGGUGCUCUCCUGCUGCUGGCACCACCCCGCUCCGCUCUCCCCAGGACUGCACUGGGAACUUCGAAGUAAAUCCUAUCCCAUGGAUCCUGUCCCAUAAAUCCUGCUCCUCCA